AUGCCACCAUCAGUGGGCGAAGAGCGCAUUGUGACUGUGUUCGCCGAUAUUCACUAUUACUUUACGGAGCCAACUCCAAGGCCUUCACCAUAUCACCAUCGAUUUGAUAAAGGCUCUUAUGUUUAUAUUUACCAUGACGCCGCUCAGAACAAGGCUCGGAUAGAGAUUGCCAAUAAUCCUGGGUGUCCAGAGCAGGAUGCCUUUUGCGGGGUUGAUGCACACUCACCCUCACCACAACAUCAACAAUAUGCACAAGCUAUCCCUCAGCAUGAAUGGCGUUUGCCCAGUGGAGGCCCAAGUGAUGACCCGAAGGACUACCGCACCUUGCCCCGCUUGCAUACAUUGGAUAUCUACUUCUGGGCUCAAGACGAUGCAACCGACUUCCUGGACGCCGCCGUCCGCGUUUUAGCUAGUGCCCAGAUCGAGACAGACCGAGAACCAGCUCCACAGCCACAACAAUCCAUGAGCUCCGUAGUCGAACAACUCGAGAGCAUCGCAGUCUCAGACCCGGCCUACCAAAAUGGCCAAACACCCAACUCACGAUCAGAACCCAUAGCCACAGCGGCACCAGUCUUCCCGGGUCCUCCACAAACCAGCAGCUUCCCUCCACCGCCUCCAAGCGGCCCCCCAGCUGUCCAACAGUCAAGCGCCAAUUCUCCUGCCGAGGAAAAGAGAGACUCAGCCAGCUUCGCCCCGCUCCCUUAUAACCCGGCUGCCCCGGCUGCCCCAGAGCCUAUCCAACACCGAGAGAAGACACCGCCACCAGAGGACGGCAUGAAUGGCACAGGCCUCGCAGCCGCAGUUGCAGCUGAUAAUGGCAUUCCUUUUACACCUCCGCAGCAAUUAAUCGGAGGCAUAGGAGGCGUGAGCGGAUUUGCAUCCCCGCCCCCGUCGAACCCAGGAUUGCAAUACGCCGGCCCUCCAAUUGCAGGAGCACCAUCAUAUGCAUCUCCCCCACCAAGCGCAGGCCUACAACAUUCAAACUCCUUUUCCACUCCCCGCUCCUCACUCAGCAGUCCCGGAGUUCCCGCUGCUUCGUACUCGCAGCCGUUUGCAGGUGCACAGGGGGCUCAGCAGUAUACCGCCAGCCGACAGAACUCGAUGUCCUUUGCUCCGCCGCCGCAGGAUCCUAACGCCCAUCUAUAUGACCAGCAGGUCUAUGGCGGUGGUGUUCAAGCCCAGCCGCCCCCGCAGCAACAGCCUGGUGCAGCGGUGCCGGUAGGGGGAUUCUCCAACUUUACGUAUGGUCAGACUCAGGCGCAGCAGCAUCAACGUAGUGGCUCUGAGUAUGAUAUUCAUAGCCAGUUGUAUCGACCCACCGAGGUGGAGGCAAGCUCUCAUUACCAGAAAUAUGCUCAGAAGGCUAUGAAGCAUACUGGACAGCGGUCGAAGAAAAUGGAGGAUAGGGCGGAGCGAUUGGAGGGUGGUAUGAAUAGAUUCUUCAAGAAGCUUGAAAGGAAGCUAUGA